AUGGUGAAAGAAACCACUUACUAUGAUGUUUUGGUGGUCAAACCCAAUGCCACCCAUGAAGAACUGAAAAAGGCUUACAGGAAACUGGCCUUGAAGUACCACCCUGAUAAAAAUCCAAAUGAAGGAGAGAAGUUUAAACAGAUUUCUGAAGCUUAUGAAGUGCUCUCUGAUGCAAAGAAAAGGGAAUUAUAUGACAAAGGAGGAGAACAGGCAAUUAAAGAAGGUGGAGCAGGUGGCGGUUUUGGCUCCCCCAUGGACAUCUUUGAUAUGUUUUUUGGAGGAGGAGGCAGGACGCAGAGAGAAAGGAGAGGUAAAAAUGUUGUACAUCAACUCACAGUAACUUUAGAAGACCUAUAUAAUGGUGCAACAAGAAAACUAGCUCUGCAAAAGAAUGUGAUUUGUGACAAAUGUGAAGGCCAAGGUGGUAAGAGAGGAGCAGUAGAGUUCUGUCCCAAUUACCGAGGUACUGGAAUGCAAAUAAGAAUUCAUCAGAUAGGACCUGGAAUGGUUCAGCAAAUUCGGUCUGUCUGCAUGGAGUGCCAGGGCCGUGGGGAGCAGAUCAGUCCUAAAGAUAGAUGUAAAAGCUGCAAUGGAAGGAAGAUAGUUCAAGAGAAGAAAAUUCUAAAAGUUCAUAUCGACAAAGGUCAGAUUGUCAAGCAUGGAGAUAUCAAGUGUGUGCUAAAUGAAGGCGUGCCAAUUUAUCAUAGACCCUAUGAAAAGGGUCACCUAAUCAUUGAAUUUAAGGUAAACUUUCCUGAGAAUGGCUUUCUUUCCCCUGAUAAACUCUCUUUGCUGGAAAAACACCUACCAGAGAGGAAGGAAUUGGAAGAGACUGAUGAAAUGGACCAGGUAGAACUAGUGGACUUUGACCCGAAUCAGGGAAGACGGCACCAUUACAAUGGGGAAGCCUAUGAGGAGGAUGAGUACCACCCUCGGGGCGGGGUUCAGUGUCAGACCUCCUAA